AGAAAUUGAAAGCCUGGUCAGCGGCGGACAGUUUGCUAGCGAGGAGCAGCCGCAAACUGAUCCCAGAUCCGCGACCCCGCUCGGCCCGGGGACAGCGAGCACCUCGUGUCCCUCCGCUGGUGGACUCUUCCCCGUCUCUCUCUCUCUCUUUCUUUCUCUCGCUCACCCCCCCCCUCACACCAGUUCUGUGGGCUGGCUGGAAGUCGUGUCGCUGGGCGAAGUGGAUUUUCGUGCUCGCCGCAAAGUGAAAACGGCGCUUCGGUGAGAAAUGCUAACGGCGGCGACAAAAAGGACACUGAGCUUCUCUAAGGACUGAGAUCCUUGUUUGCAGUUUACAUAGACGUUUGACAAACCUGACACCAGGAGAUGGAUUUCCCAGCCAGCGCAGCUCUGAGGUGUUAGUCUUUGAUCCUGUUGGAGUGGGACGUGUCUAGCAGGGGGACUGAGACGGCAGCAGUGCCAACUUGGAACAUGGUGCCUAAUAUUCACAUGGCAGCACCCCCGCGGCCCAGAGGGGCGUUGCUGUUCCUGCUUCUACUCAGUUGCCUGGUGUUCUCCUCUCUGGCAGAUAGCUUGCCAAGUUUCACCAGAUCCCCUGAAGACCAGACAGGCAUCUCGGGUGGAGUGGCGUCGUUUGUGUGCCAGGCCACUGGGGAGCCGAAACCCAGAAUCACCUGGAUGAAGAAAGGCAAGAAAGUCAGCUCCCAGCGCUUUGAGGUGAUCGAGUUUGAUGACGGCGCGAGCUCUGUGCUGCGGAUCCAGCCGCUGCGCACACAUAGAGAUGAAGCCAUUUACGAGUGCACGGCAACCAACAGUGUCGGCGAGAUCAACACCAGCGCCAAGCUUACAGUCCUUGAAGAGAAUCAGAUUCCCCAUGGCUUUCCAAAUAUAGACAUGGGCCCCCAGCUUAAGGUGGUUGAAAAGACCAGAACUGCCACUAUGUUGUGUGCAGCCAGUGGAAACCCAGACCCAGAGAUUUCCUGGUACAAGGACAUGCUUCCUGUGGACAUCAACAGCAGCAACGGGCGGAUCAAGCAGCUUCGUUCAGGUGGUACACCAAUUAGAGGAGCUCUGCAAAUUGAGAACAGCGAGGAGUCAGACCAGGGGAAAUAUGAAUGUGUCGCCAUGAACAGCGCUGGGACCCGCUACUCUGCUCCUGCUAAUCUCUAUGUACGAGUGCGCCGCGUCGCACCCAGAUUCUCCAUUCCUCCCACUAACCAAGAGGUGAUGCCAGGCGGCAGCGUCAACCUGACGUGCGUGGCAGUGGGCUCACCGAUGCCCUACGUCAAGUGGAUGAAGGGCGUGGUAGAACUGACUAAAGAGGAGGAAAUGCCAAUGGGACGCAAUGUACUGGAGGUCACCAACAUUCGGGAGUCAGCCAACUACACCUGCGUCGCCAUCUCCUCUUUGGGAAUGAUCGAAGCCACAGCUCAGGUUACUGUCAAAGCCUUGCCAAAGCCCCCCACAUCUCUGGUUGUGACAGAGACUACAGCUACCAGUGUGACUCUCACCUGGGACUCUGGGAACCCAGAACCCGUGUCCUACUACAUGAUCCAGUACAGAGCCAAGGCAUCAGACAAUGGCUUCCAAGAAGUCGAAGGUGUAGCAACCACUCGUUACAGCAUCGGCGGGCUCAGUCCUUAUUCUGAAUACGAAUUUCGGGUCAUGGCUGUUAACAACAUUGGCCGUGGACCACCCAGUGACCCUGUUGAGACACGCACCGGUGAACAGGCGCCCUCUUCUCCACCUCUGCACGUACAAGCACGUAUGCUGAGCUCUAGCACCAUGCUGGUCCAGUGGGAACCACCCGAGGAACCCAACGGUCAGAUCAGGGGUUACCGAAUCUACUACAGCUCAGACCGGACAGCGCCACUCAGUGCUUGGCAGAAGCACAACACAGACGACAGCAGCCUAACCACCAUUUCUGGCCUGACUCCUGAUAUCACCUAUAGUCUCAGGGUCCUGGGUUUUACUUCUGUUGGCGAUGGGCCGCCCUCUGAUGUCCUGCAAGUCAAAACCCAGCUGGGAGUCCCUGCCCAACCAUCCAGCUUUGAGGCUGAAGCAGAACUCGACACCCGCAUCAUGCUCACAUGGCUGUGGCCCGUACAGGAAUCCAUCACGAAGUAUGACCUGCAGUACUGGGAGGAUGGCACAGAAAACAAGAUACAUGUGAACGUUGACCCGGGUGGCUUUUAUGCAGUGGAUGGUCUCAAGCCUGACACCAUGUACCACUUUAUGCUGGCAGCAUGUUCAGAAAUGGGCAUUGGCGUCUACACCCAGCCCAUAACAGCUCGCACUGCGCAGUCCACCCCUUCUGCCCCUCCCCAGGAGGUACAUCUGGUCAGUUUGACCUCCACUAGCCUUCAGGUGAGUUGGGUGGCGCCGCCUGCUGCUAGCCGCCAUGGCGUCAUUGUGCGCUACACAGUCAGCUACCAGGCUGUGGCUGGAGAGGACACAGAGCGCCAUGAGGUUAAGAACAUCAGCGCAGAUGCCACCAGCUACGUGCUGGUGGGCCUGGAGAAGUGGACUGAGUAUCAGGUGUGGGUGAGAGCACACACUGAUGUAGGCCCGGGCCCUGAGAGUGCCCCAGUGAGGAUGAGAACCAAAGAAGAUGUACCGGGAGCGCCUCCUCGCAAGCUGGAGGCCGAGGCCAUUAACUCCACAGCCAUCCGAGUCACCUGGAAACCUCCCCUGCAGGUGAAGCAACACGGCCAGAUCCGAGGCUACCAAGUGAUCUUUUCCCGCCUUGAAAAUGGUGAACCGCGAGGUCAACCUAACAUCCUGGACGUGGCUUUGCCAGAGGCACAGUGGAAUAUUGAGGAAUCCACCGAGCAUGAGGCCAUUAUCGGAGGGCUGCAGUCUGAAACCACCUACUCCGUCACCGUAGCGGCGUACAAUACAAAGGGAGACGGAGCUCGUAGCAAAGCUAAAGUCGUCACCACAACUGGUGCAGUGCCAGGUAAACCCACUAUGAUCAUUAGCACCACCAUGGGUAACACAGCACUGAUCCAGUGGCAGCCGCCAAAAGAAAUGGUGGGCGAGUUGAUGGGAUACCAACUGCAGUACAAGCGCACUGACGAGGAGGACAAUACCUCACGUGAGCUGAAGAAGACCGACGACCACUACACUGUCACUGGACUACACAAAGGCGCCACCUACGUCUUCCGCCUCAGCGCACGUAACCGUGCAGGCGUUGGAGAAGCCUAUGUGAAGGAGAUCAUCACCCCAGAAGAUGUGCCGUCUGGGUUCCCAAUAAACCUGCAGGUCACUGGUUUAACCACAUCCAGCACCCAGCUGACAUGGGAUCCCCCUCUUCUGGCGGACAGGAACGGCAAGAUCACAUACUAUGUAGUGGUGUACAGGGAUAUCAACAGUCAGCAGAACGGCACCAACCGCACGGCUGACACUCGCAUGACCAUCCAGGGCCUUAAGCCGGACACCACCUACGACAUACGGGUGCAGGCCUUCACCAGCAAGGGUGGAGGACCCCUCAGCCCCAGCAUCCAGAGUAGGACCAUGUCCACUUCAUCUGCAUUUGCCACCAGCUUUGGUGUCAAAGCGGUCAUGAAAACCUCUGUGCUUCUCACCUGGGAAGUGCCGGAAAACUACAAAUCCCAAGUACCUUUCAAGAUCCUGUACAACCAGCAAAGUGUGGAAGUAGAGGGGCGACUGAAGAGGAAGCUAAUCACGCAGCUGCAGCCAGACACACACUAUUCAUUUGUGCUCACAAGCCGGGGCAACAGCGCUGGAGGUCUGCAGCAGCAGGUGUCCAUCCGUACUGCCCCUGACCUCAUUCAGUCCAAACCAAUUUUAUACACCCAACAAGUGGCCCAGGACGGCAAGAUGACAAUCACCCUGCCCAAAGUCGAGACCAACACACGUGUUAGGUGGUACUACAUAGUAGUGGUGCCAGUGUCCCAGUCAACAAAGCGGUGGAAAAAUCCAGAUGAGAUCGAGCUAGAUGAGCUGAUAGAGUCAGGUGAAGGUCCUAUCCUGAGGCGGAAACGCCACUUGGAGUCCUCCAAACCUUACAUUGCCGCCAAGUUGGACAUACUACCGAACAAAUUCACACUGGGAGAUGAGCAGAGGUACAACGGCUUCUACAACAAACCCCUGCCGAGCCACCAGGAGUAUCUGUGCUUUGUGCUGGCGGCUCUCCAAGACGAGGAGUCAAACAGCAGUGAUAAACACAUGACAUUCUCCGCCAGCCCUUACUCAGAUCCCAUUCAGAUCAUUGCAGGAACAGUAUCUCCCAGGAUGGAGCAACCAGAAAUGUUGUGGGUCAUGGGUCCCGUGUUGGCUGUGGUCCUGAUCAUCAUCAUCGUCAUCGCCAUCCUGCUUUUUAAGAGCAAACAGGAAAGGAAGCGAGCGUCACCCCUACCCAAAGAUGAGCACUCAGGCGGGGUGAAAGACUCUCUGCUGGCCAACUCCUCCGACCCGGUAGAGAUGAGAAGGCUCAACUACCAGACUCCAGGUCCCAGCUCUCACCGCUGCCCCAACACUCCAAGAAUGAGGGAGCAUCCGCCCAUUACUGUGGUUGACCUGCCUGACCACAUAGAGCGCCUGAAGGCCAACGACGGCCUCCGCUUUUCCCAGGAAUACGAGUCCAUUGAUCCAGGUCAGCAGUUUACCUGGGAGAACUCAAACAUGGAAGUCAACAAGCCAAAGAAUCGCUAUGCAAAUGUCAUCGCCUAUGAUCACUCCCGAGUGGUGCUCACCUCUGUUGAUGCCGUUCCUGGUAGCGACUACAUCAAUGCAAACUACAUCGAUGGCUAUAGGAAGCAAAACGCUUACAUUGCCACCCAGGGUCCACUGCCAGAGACACUGAGCGAUUUCUGGAGGAUGGUCUGGGAGCAGAGAUCUAGCACCAUAGUCAUGAUGACCAGACUAGAGGAGAAGUCACGGGUGAAGUGUGACCAGUACUGGCCGUCACGAGGAACACAGACCUACGGGAUGAUCCAGGUCACCAUGUUGGACACAGUGGAACUUGCUACCUACAGUGUCCGAACCUUUGCCCUCUACAAGAAUGGAUCCAGCGAGAAGAGAGAAGUGCGCCAGUUCCAGUUCAUGGCUUGGCCAGACCACGGGGUCCCAGAGUACCCCACCCCCAUCCUGGCUUUCCUCAGACGGGUGAAGACCUGCAACCCUUCAGAUGCAGGGCCCAUGGUGGUCCACUGCAGUGCGGGUGUGGGCAGGACUGGCUGCUUUAUCGUGAUCGAUGCCAUGCUAGAGCGCAUGAAACACGAGAAGUCUGUAGACAUCUAUGGCCACGUGACGUGCAUGCGUGCCCAGAGAAACUACAUGGUUCAAACUGAAGAUCAGUACAUCUUCAUCCAUGAAGCUCUGCUGGAGGCCGCUACCUGUGGUAACACAGAGGUCCCGGCACGCAACCUGUACGCCCACAUCCAGAAGCUGACUCAACCACCACCUGGUGAGACAGUGACCGCCAUGGAGCUGGAGUUCAAGAGACUGGCCAACUCCAAAGCCCACACGUCACGCUUCAUCAGCGCCAACUUGCCCUGUAAUAAGUUCAAGAACCGCCUGGUCAACAUCAUGCCUUUUGAGUCCACCCGCGUCUGCCUGCAGCCCAUCCGAGGCGUGGAGGGCUCCGACUACAUCAACGCCAGCUGCAUCGACGGCUACAGACAGCAGAAGGCCUACUUGGCGACACAAGGUCCCCUGGCCGAGACCACUGAGGACUUCUGGAGAAUGUUGUGGGAGCACAACUCCACCAUCGUGGUCAUGCUGACUAAGCUACGAGAGAUGGGACGGGAAAAGUGCCAUCAGUACUGGCCAGCAGAGCGCUCAGCCAGGUACCAGUACUUUGUGGUGGAUCCGAUGGCCGAGUACAACAUGCCUCAGUACAUCCUCCGAGAGUUCAAAGUCACAGAUGCCAGGGAUGGCCAGUCCAGAACAAUCCGCCAGUUUCAGUUUACUGACUGGCCCGAGCAAGGAGUGCCCAAAACCGGAGAAGGCUUCAUCGAUUUCAUCGGCCAAGUGCACAAAACCAAGGAGCAGUUUGGGCAGGACGGACCAAUCACUGUACAUUGCAGUGCCGGGGUGGGCCGGACCGGGGUCUUCAUCACACUCAGCAUCGUGCUGGAGAGGAUGAGGUACGAAGGUGUGGUUGACCUCUUCCAGACAGUGAAGACACUCCGCACGCAGCGGCCUGCCAUGGUACAGACUGAGGACCAGUACCAGUUGUGCUACAGGGCGGCGCUGGAGUACCUCGGGAGCUUUGACCACUAUGCAACAUAACCACUUCCGCUGAGCAGCCACCCUGGUCCGACCUCUCAGGAGUGUGCCAAGUGUACCAUCUCAGCCAACAUCCACUCACUUGACCCCCAAACCUGACCCCUCCAAACUCGGGGCACCAAAAGGGACGUGCUCGCAGACCCGGACACGGGUUCCAACUAAUCCCGCAACAAAGAUCCACAACGAGACUUAGCGACCACACAAGAUUUUUGCUUUAAAAAAAAAAAGAUGAUGAUGAUGAUGAUGAAAACAAGCAUUGCUCCGACACAUGACUCUUGUACAGAUGAGUCCAUGUAGACCGGCAGCGCGCCAGCGCGCUCUGUCGAAGCCAAACCUCCGAUUGUCCAAGGCUACUGGUAGCACUAAGAGAGAACUUUUUUUUUUUUUAAAGUGCAUAUUAUCACUCAUUAUUUUCAAAUGUUAUUAUUUAGUAUAUCUUUUUUAAUAAUCGUUUUAACAGCAGACAUUUCGCGGCCCAGCUUUAGGUGCGCAUUACGUUCGUACUUGGUACGCUGUUUGUUUUUUUUUGUUGUUGUUUUUUACUUUUGUUCGAUAGGGUACUUUAGCACAAGGGACAUGUAUUUUUAACACGUUCCAGUACUAAUUCAGGAGGACCACUGUUCUCUGAGCUGCUGUCAGUUUUCUUUUGUGUCACAGCAUUAUUUUGUUCACAGUACUUUUAAUGUACAUUGUUUUGUUCUUAAUCAGUUCACCAAAUCAAGAAUGGCCUUUUUCACCUGCCAUUUCCAACAACAGCAACAAAAUCAGAACACACACCUGAUAAAAAACAGUGGAAGCUACUUAAAACUCUAAAUUGAAUGAGGUAAUGGGACUAAAUCAAGUGUACAGAAGCACAUGAUUUCUAUCUUCUUUUUUUUUUCUUUUUUUUCAUCGGACGUCUGUGGUGUUGAGGACUUCACGCUCCACAACGGAGAGCUUACCUGAGGAACACAGACUUUUAUACCCAAAGGGUAGCUGGCAGUCACCUCCCUGAUCUCUGAAUUUAAUUGCUCUUCAAGUCCCCCCCGUCUCCUCGCUGCCCGUUAGCCUGCUGGCGCAAACGCAGGUCACGUGGGCGGAGGAGGUACGCCAUCAGCGCUGGCACCUGUACAGAAUCAACCAUUCCUACCAGAGGGGGAAGAGACUCAGCUCUUUAGACUGAAACGUGAUAUUAUUUUAUACAGAAAUAUAACUAUAAAUAUAUAUAUAUAUAUAUAAAAUUAUGAUUGAUUAUAUAUAUAUGUACAAUUACACAUAGAUAUAUAUAUAUAUAUAUAUAUAUAUAUAUAUAUAUACACACACAGCUUCAGAAAUAUAUGGUUAAAGGGGUAAAUUCUGCUGAUGUAACAACUGUAGCGACGGCGCAGCGGUCAUGGUGUCCUACAACGUGUAUUAUUGGAAACACCGUCGUAUCUACUGUACAACCAUAGUAACUUCCACAGAGAAACACCACAACCACCCGUCCCGCCCAUCACUGCUGAGACGACUCCUCAGCGUGAGCCGUCGCGCCACUCAAGCACACACGUUCUCUGACAGCCUGCUGAGAGGAGUGUCUUAAGGCGGUGGUGGGGGGGGGACUUGAAAAAGCUGAAAGAUAAACACAGUGUUCAUUUUUAUCUUGUGAAUGCUUAGUGCUGUAGGGGUUCGAUCUGUUGUACACACAGUCUGUUUUCUAUUUGUUGAUAAAGAACUGGAAUUUAAAAAGAAACUUAAUGAAAAAAAAUUGAUGUUAAUAAAGUUAAAUAAUUGGGUUUUUGUA